AUGGCAGCUCCUAACAAGAUGUUUCUGGAGAAACUGAGCCACAAAAAGAACAGAACUGCCCUGAAAAAAGAAAAACGGAAGAAAAGAAGGCAGGAAGCUGCCCGACUGAGGGACUCAGAAAUAUCACAAAGGGAAGAGGAGGAUAUUGUUGAAGAACAACUAGAAGAAGAAAAGCUGUUGGAGAUACAGAGGCAAAGCUUACAUGAAGAAUGGUUGCUCAGGGAACAGAAGGCACAAGAAGAAUUCAGAAUAAAGAAGGAGGAGGAAGAGGCUGCUAGAAAAUGGCAAGAAGAACAAGACAGAAAGUUGAGGGAAGAAUGGGAAGAACAUCAGAGAAGAGAAAGAGAACAGAAGGAGCAGAUGCUACAGGAGAAGAGGGAAAGAGAGUUGGAAAGUCCAGCCACCUGGCAAAACCCAGAACCACCCAUGUACUUAAGAGUAACAGAGAAAGAUCAAACUAAUUGCCCAUUCUACAGUAAAACGGGAGCUUGCAGAUUCGGAGAUAGGUGUUCACGUAAACACGAUUUCCCGACAUCGAGCCCCACGCUCCUCAUUAGAAGCAUGUUUACAACGUUUGGAAUGGAGCAGUGCAGAAGGGAUGACUAUGACCCUGAUGCCAGCCUGGAGUACAGUGAAGAGGAGACCUACCAGCAGUUCCUGGACUUCUAUGAGGACGUGCUCCCUGAGUUCAAGAACGUGGGGAAGGUGGUCCAGUUCAAGGUGAGCUGCAACUUGGAACCUCAUCUGAGGGGCAAUGUGUAUGUUCAGUAUCAAUCAGAAGAAGAAUGCCAAGCAGCCCUUUCUUUGUUUAACGGACGAUGGUAUGCAGGACGACAGCUUCAGUGUGAAUUCUGCCCAGUGACCCGGUGGAAAGCGGCAAUUUGUGGUUUAUUUGAAAGAAAACAAUGCCUAAGAGGAAAAUACUGCAACUUUCUUCACGUGUUCAGAAAUCCCAACAAUGAAUUUUGGGAAGCUAAUAGGGACAUGUACAUGUCUCCAGAUCUGUCCGACUCUUCCUUUCACAAGAACUCAGAAAGGAUGGGCCACCAAGGUGAGUACUAUGGCAGGCCCAGGAAGAGAAGAAGCCCAAGUCCCACCCAGAGGAAAAGUAAUCACAGGGAGAAGAAAUCUCACAAACACAUGGCAGAAAAUCGUGAAAGGUUCAGUUCACAAAGUAGAGAAAGAAGAAGGGACCAUGGCCAUAGUCAGGGCAGCCUGAGUGGAGGGAGCCAGAGCCAUCGAAGUCACAGCAUUAACUUCUCUAGACACAGGAAUCCUGGUAGGAGGAGGUCAGGCAGUAGAGAGAGAACUAUUUCAAGUUCUAGUUCCAAAUAA